AGAUAACCACCGGGUUCCUGCAUAAAAAGUAGAAUUGUUCAAUGACAUCUCCCCCCUUCACCUAUAAUCAAUCAGCUCACCCCUCCAACCGCAUUCAGACAAGAAACCACUCUCGCUAGGUAAACCACCAGGCUACCUUUACAUGCAUGCCGCUGAAAGCUUCAUAUCAAUUGUGACAACGUCGUCGCACAGCCAUGGCAUCCUGGAAAAUCGAAGGCUGCACCGUCGCCGACGCCCCGGCCUUAGCCCGCAACAACAUGAGCGCCUUCUGGGAGGACCCGACGUGGAUCCUUCUCUGGCCGAAGGAAAUCACUCGGGAGUUCCUCAUCAAGCAGGGCGAAAAGCGGUACCCGCGCCUGCUCCUGAGAGAUCGCGAGGUGACACGUCAUCAGAAGGCGGUGGACCCCGCUACCGGCGCGCUUGUCGGGUACGCCCGCUGGAUCCUGCCCGCCGGCCGCUCCACCGCCGCGGACGGAAGCCCGGAGUGGGCUUCGGCGCAGGCGCCCGACGUCGGGGACGACGAGAGGAGGCGGUUCGAGGAGCUGGCGGAGUCGGCGUGGUGGAACGGGAGGAAGGAGAUGAGGCACAUUGAUGAUAAGAAUGAUGUUGUGAUGGACCGUAUCUUGUCGGAGAAGUCAUACAUUAAACUCGAUUAUCUGGCUGUUCAUCCCGAGAACAAAGGAAAGGGGGUUGCCACCGCACUUGUUCAGAGCGGGAUCAGGCAUGCGGAAGAAAUCGGUCUUCCGAUAUUCGUGAUGUCGUAUAAGGCCGGUCGAGGUGUCUAUGAACGGCUUGGAUUUAAGGAGGUCGAACGGGUUAUCCAGGAUGACACGGAGUAUGGUGGUAAAGGGGAAUAUGGUACAUACUUCAUGAUCUACGAUCAUGGCGCAUCUAACCCCACAUGAGGUUUUCGAUAUCGAGAUCACUUUUAUCUUGCGGCAUUCAAUUGCAUCUAUACAUACGUAAGCAGUGUGCCUGAUAUAUGUAGAGAUUUAGGAACAAGAGGCAUACGAGCUUAGAAAUUACAUACCUACCUACUUAACUGACCUGUUC